AUGUUUUUUUGCAGACACAAGCGUACUCAUGACCGCGGUGAGAACGGUGAGGCGGCCCUCAACUUCUCCGGCGAGGAGGAGGAAGAGUACUCCGGCGAGGACCAGCUCGGCUCCCUCGAGGAGGCCUCGCCCAACUCGGAGAACGCCUACGUUACCGCCUCGCUCAACGGCGUCGCCAACGGCUCGACGCCGCCGACGUCCAACGGCAUGGCCCAGUCGUUCAACAGCUUGCAGACGCUCAGCAUGCCGAUGACCAUCAGCCAGCCGGCAGUGAACGCGAGCGCCAUUAUGUGA